UGUGCUGCGGCUGGUGUUGUUGUGUAUGUCGGUUUAGAUUCCUCUCAUCAUUUUCUCUCUCUUCCUUAUAUUUUCCUCUUCUCUCUUCUGCCGCGCAGCUCAGCAUAAUCACUCACAAACACACUCUCCUUUGGAUUCAAAUCACUCUUUUGCAUGUUCCUAUCAUCAUCAUCAUCAUAAUCAUCAUCUUACUCUCUACCUCUUAUUCAAACAAGAGUUUCGAGACCAAUCUCCAUUGCUGAUCAACCUUUAUCUUUUCUCUGUUUUCAAAUCAUUUUUCUCUACUAGCAGUAGUCUUUCGAGUCUGACCUCUUUCCACCCCAAAUGUUGAUCAUUCGACCAAAACCAAAUAGAUCUAUUUCAAUCUCAUUCACUACUUCUCUGAUUGCCCUGUUUUGACCCUUUUAUUCCUUUUUUUUUUACUUCUUCCGUAUCCAUUAAAUCAUUGAUUUUUCUGAGUCGAGUGGUUAUCUUUUUAUUUCAAACUUUCAAAUACCCUUUACUAUUCUUGGCCUUAUCUCAACUGGGUUGAUCUCAGAUCUUCAAAAUACUUCAUAAAAAAUGUUGGAUCAGAGUGACAAGCGAUCGGAUUCAGAAGACGUGAGCAGCAAAAACCCAAGUGGGCUUUCAUCAGAAGAAAGCCAUAAAAAGACCUGCGCUGAUUGUGGAACGACGAAAACCCCACUUUGGAGAGGCGGUCCAGCCGGGCCUAAGUCCUUAUGUAAUGCAUGUGGGAUCAGAAGCCGGAAGAAGAGAAGAGCUAUUCUGGGUCUGAAUAAAGGAAGCUCAGAUGAUCGAAAGGCAAAGAGAGCAAGCAAUAAUAGCGGUGGUAACGGUAGUAAUAACAACAAGCUCGGCGAUGGUCUUAAACAAAGAUUAUUAGCUCUGGGAAGAGAAGUUUUGAUGCAAAGAUCAACGGUGGAGAGGCAGAGAAAGAAGUUGGGUGAAGAGGAACAAGCGGCUGUGCUAUUGAUGGCUCUCUCUUAUGGCUCAGUUUAUGCUUAAUAGGCUUAUUAGUAAUAAUAUAUUAUAUAAUAAAGUUGGAUUAAAAAUUUCAUUCCUAACCCUUCUCUCUUUCUUUUUCUUUUUCUCUCUAUAUCCCUUUCUCUCUCCUUCUAUUAGUGUACCAUCCUCUUGUUGCCUGUCCUUUUCAUGGGUGAAGAUUUUUUUUAAUUAUUUUUUUAGCUGUUUUUUUUUAAUUAGUUUCGACUGACUGGUUUUUGGGAUAGGGAGAGUAGUAGUAGUAUUAGUAAUUGUACUUGAGCAAGUGUAAGAAUUUGAAGAUUAAUUCUUAAAAAAAGUUUUGGCUGA